AUGGCUUCAGUGUGUCUACGACCAAUCUGUCGCGAGGACCUCCCGUUCGUGGCCGAUGUGGCCGCGCAGGCCAUGCUGGAGGACGAGCUCUUUGCCUACCUCUGUCCGCACCGCCACACUCACUAUGCAGACUUCCGACUUGCCUUCUUGCGACGCCUGAAGCGGCGAAUGGUCACACCAGGCUGUGUGAUGGUCGUGGCGGUGGAACAGACCGAGCCGGAGCAUGAGCUCAACGGUGGAGCGCGGAUCCGUGGCUACGCCGCGUGGGAGCGGAUGGGUACUGGCGCAGGGGCGGCGCGGUGGCACCAGUCAAAGAAGGGGUCGUGGCAUGCGCUCGAGCGUUUGCUCCUUGCAAUUGAAGACCGCUACCUCGCUCUCGUCGCCCCAGACCGCAGCGUCGACCUUCCCAAGCUCGCACACUACAAGCAAGCCUCUGCGGUGGACUGCUUCCCCUUCGACACAUACCCGGAGCUCUGGUACCUCGACAGCUUGGCCGUGGACCCUGGUUUCCAGCGGCGCGGGAUUGGUCGGCAACUGGUCGAAUGGGGAUUACAGCAAGGGAGGCAAGAGCAAGUCGCCGUGGGCUUGGAGGCAAGCAUCAAAGGCACCUCGUUGUAUGAGCGGGUAGGCUUCCGCGCCGUUAACAGCACGGAGCUGAUGCCCGGCCUGGCGAUCACGGCAAUGCUCUGGCAGGACCCACUUGGCCUCGAAGACGACUCGCAAGGCUAA